CUCUUUACUCUGAAUGUCAUGCACAAAAUGACAAAUAGUGUUAGAGAGAGCGAUGAAUUAGAGAGAAUGCUAAAUUCGCAUAGCAACAUCCUAUCCCUAUAUAGAAAAAGGGAUACAAUAUAUUUCCAAUCGUAUAUUCCAAUAAUAUCCCUUUUUAGAUAAUUUGGACUCUUAGGUCAAAAUGCACAUUGUUUAUAAACAAACACAAGUCAACCAAAAGAAAUGAUAUGGAGUAACACGUAUCUAUGCGUUAAUUUGCUUUUUACUAUUAUAUCUGAGCAAUCAUGAGAUACAGUGUGAUAAUUGGUCUGUUAACGCUGUUGAGUUUAAACAACCUUUGUGAGUCAUCACACUGCAAAGCAUGGCUAGUUCAAUCCAUUCCUACCGACAUGCCACACCUCUCCCACGUCCCUGGAGUCCUCUCAACGGGGGAUGUGCUCCGGUGGCUGGCUGCAAACUCGACUCGUAGACUCGAUGUAAUUGCUCAGUACUGGCAACUACUAGCUUCCCCUGAUGAUCCUCGCUCUGGGGAUUAUGGUUACACAGAAAGUCAGAUGCGUAAAUUUGGUGCACGUCAAGGUGCUGAUGUUUAUCAAGCAUUGGAUCAUGCUGCUGACCGUAAUGUUAGUAUUAGGUUACUGUCUCACUCUGGGGUUUAUCCAACAUUUACAUUAGAACCAUCCAAACUUGCUUUUGGAAGGCCAAAUGUUAAGAAUUUGACAUUGCUACUGAAGGAUUGGUGGGGCUCUGGCAUUGUCCAUGCCAAAGUUUGGAUAUCUGAUAAUAGGGAUGUGUAUAUUGGAUCUGCAAACAAUGACUGGAAAUCUCUUACACAGGUCAAGGAAGUUGGAAUUUAUCUUACUGGUUGUCCUAAAAUAGCUAAAAAGGUUGAGGUCUACUUCAACAAUUUAUGGACACUCGCAUCUCUCAAUUCUUCAGCUUACACAAAAACAGUGAUGGAUCAACAGUGGCAAGUUGAGAGAAAGGUUCCUUGUUGGUCACAUUUCAUCAAACCUAGAGAUAGAUGCAAGUCACCUCUGCCUCAAUAUGUGGAGACACAUCAUGUUGCAGGAUAUCCUAUUCUGUCUGAUCCUUACAUGUUUGAAGUAUCAAUUCAAACCCCUGGGAGUAACUAUUCAACAAAACUUCCCCAAGCCAGCUAUCUCUCAUUUGCUCCUCCAGAGCUAUCAUUUGGAAGAUAUCAGGGUGAUGAACAGGCAUGGAUUGAUACAAUAAAAUCUGUUGGAACAAGAGAGACAGUUAGAAUCAAUACCAUGGACUGGUUAGGUCAGUCACAAUAUACAGAUCAAACAAUUUACUGGUCGUCCCUAUCCUCUGCUAUAUCAGAGGUUGUAUUUUCCAAGCAUGCAACAGUGAAGAUAUUGGUGUCAUAUUGGGCACACUUCAUCAAUAGCACAGAUGAGUACCUAAAGUAUCUCCACUACACAAACACUCUAUGCUCUUCCUCCAAAUACAACAAAUGCUCUGGUAAAAUUGAGAUAAAAUAUUAUGUAGUACCAAGUUUCAACAAGACAGGACCUGCAAUUGAGGGUGGAAAUAGUACAGGAAAUAUAUACCCUGAUUUUACAAGAGUCAAUCAUGGAAAAUAUGCAGUUAGCAAUGUAAGGGCUCAUGUUGGGACAAGCAACCUUGUAUGGGACUAUUUCUAUGUUACAGCAGGUGUCAGCUUUGGGACAUACAACACUGCCAUUGUAACUCAACUUAGGGAAAUUUUUGAUGCUGAUUGGAACUCACCCUAUGCUGUUCCAAUUCAAGAGCUGCAGAGAGAGACAUACAUGUUUAAUGAUCAAUGAUAAAAUAGUCUAUAUUUAUAGUCUAUUUUUCAAUGAUCAACAUAAAAAAAAAUAAAAAAUAAAAAACUAAAUAAAUUGAAUUUAA